CAUCCGGUUUCAGCACCACGGCUAGCUCCUUCCCGCAUUGUCGUGAUUUAGGUCGUCCACCCCUCUGCUUGUUUUGCGGAGGCAACUUUUGACGAAAGGCUGUUGGAGUUGUGAUUUGAGAAAGCUUUAUGUUUUUUCUUUCCAUGUUUCGCAUUCGAGGUGGCUGACAGAAGGAGGACAUAGGGAAGAGGAUCUUCAUCACAACGCACUGAGAUGCAUUGAACAUCAUGCAGUGACGGCAUUUAUUAUUUACCUUUAUUUUAGUGCUCAGCUCUGCAACGAAGAUUGCAAGACGACAGAGGAAGACGAAGAAGACCAUAGUGGAAAAGACAAUCUGCAUGUGAAAGUACUGGAUCUGGUGCUAUCGGAGGCAAGAGAUGCAGCCUACAAGCAAGCUUCUGAGUCUCACCCUCCUCGUCUUGAUGGGCACUGAACUCACCCAAGUGCUGCCAGCCAACCCGGAGGAGUCAUGGCAGGUGUACAGCUCAGCUCAGGACACAGAGGGCCGCUGUGUAUGCACCGUGGUGGCGCCUCAACAGACCAUGUGCUCGCGGGACGCCAGGACCAAACAGCUCCGGCAGCUGCUAGAAAAAGUCCAGAACAUGACCCAGUCUAUCCAGGUGCUGGACCAGCGGACCCAAAGAGACCUGCAAUACGUGGAGAGAAUGGAGGUCCAGCUGAAAGGUCUGGAGACCAAGUUUAAACAGGUGGAGGAGAACCACAAACAGAACAUUGCCAGGCAAUAUAAGGCAAUAAAAGCGAAAAUGGAGGAACUUAGACCAUUGAUACCAGUGUUGGAGGAGUACAAAGCUGAUGCAAAAUUGGUAUUGCAGUUUAAAGAGGAAAUCCAGAAUCUGACGUCUGUGCUAAAUGAACUCCAGGAGGAGAUUGGAACCUAUGACUACGAGGAGCUACAAAACAGAGUGUCAAAUCUUGAAGAGAGGCUUCGUGCGUGCAUGCAAAAAUUAGCAUGUGGGAAGCUGACAGGAAUCAGCGAUCCAAUCACAAUUAAGACGUCUGGAUCAAGGUUUGGAUCCUGGAUGACUGACCCCCUGGCACCUGAGGAUGACACUAGGGUGUGGUACAUGGACGGCUACCACAACAACCGAUUUGUGCGGGAGUACAUGUCCAUCUACGACUUUAUGAAUUCCGACAACUUCACGUCUCACCGCCUCCCCCACCCGUGGUCGGGCACGGGUCAGGUGGUCUACAACGGCUCCAUCUACUUCAACAAGUUCCAGAGCCACACCAUCAUCAAGUUUGACUUCAAGACCUCCGUCAUCAGCAAGUCACGCCAGCUGGACUAUGCCGGCUACAACAACAUGUACCACUACUCCUGGGGAGGCCACUCGGACAUCGACCUCAUGGUGGACGAGGGCGGGCUUUGGGCCGUCUAUGCCACCAAUCAGAAUGCGGGGAACAUUGUCAUCAGCAAACUGAACCCCAACACCCUGCAGAUCGUCAAGAGCUGGACCACCAAUCACCCCAAGAGGAGCGCAGGAGAGGCCUUCAUGAUCUGUGGUACGCUAUAUGUCACCAAUGGCUACUCCGGUGGGACCAAGGUGUACUAUGCCUUCAGCACCAACUCAUCCACCUAUGAGUACAUUGACAUACCGUUCCAGAAUAAGUACUCUCACAUCUCCAUGCUGGACUAUAACCCUAAAGACAGAGCGCUGUAUGCGUGGAAUAAUGGUCACCAGGUUCUGUACAAUGUUACCUUGUUCCACGUCAUUCGCUCCGAGCAGGAGCAGUAGAUAGCUAGCCAUGCUGUGACCUUCUAAUUCUACGGCAGACCUGGGUUCAAAUACUAUUUGAUUACGUUCAAAUAUUUUUUAGCAUUUGCUUUAGCCUGCUUGGAGUGUAAGAUGGGUGGGGUUUGUAGUUUUGCAACAGUUACAUUGGUUCCAUUGCACCAGGCAAGCUCAAUCAAACUUGGCUAGAUCAACUGAAUUUGAACACAGGUCUGGUCCACAGAAUAUUUCAAAUGUACGCAGAUGGAAAUGUACGCAGAUGGAAAUGUACGCAGAUGUGCAGAUGUAAUCGCAGGCGCAGCGAAUUACUAAGUGCUUCUAGCUCAGGGUUUCCCAAACUAGGUCCUCGGGACCCUAAGGGUUACACAUUUUGGUUUUUGCCCUAGCACUACAAAGCUGAUUCGAAUAAUCAACUAAUCAUCCGAUUUGAUCAUUUGAAUCAGCUGUGUAGUGUUAGGGCAAAAAACAAAACCUGCACCUCUUGAGGUCCAGAGGACUUGAGUUUGGGAAACGCUGUGUAACGUAAACAGUGUAGUAAUACUUAGCAAUAAAAAUAAAAAAAUCACACAUAAUCCAGAAACAUUUAAAUACAUGAAGAAAUUAAGAAACAUGAGAACGAGCAAUGUCAGAGACCGGAAUAUAAAUAUAUAUAUAUAUAUAUAUAUAUAAUGGUGUCUAAAGACAGUACGGGCAGUAUAUGAUUAGAAAACGUGUGUACAGCAGUAGUUAUAUAGGAUGAGCCAUGACUAGAAUACAGCAUAUACAUAUAAAGUGGGUAGAACAGUAUGUAAACAUUAUUAAAGUGACCAAUGUUCAAUGACUGUAUGUACAUAGGGGCUGUAGUCUCUAAGGUGCAGGGUAGAGUACUGUGGAAGUAGAGAAGUAUCCUGUAUGUUACUCAGUAACAAUAAAUAAAGUACAUCAUGAUAUAUAAUGUGUAGAAGGUAUAGAAACAGAAUGUAAGAACAGGUACCGAAAAGGUAAUGCCUUUCUUGAUUUCGAUGACUUCAAAAGUCUUAUAUUGAUUAUGUUUUUAUGGAAUUACCCACUCUUGACUUCUUUCAUCACAGAGGAAUAGUGCAGGCUAAUGUAUCGUAGUGUAGAAUUGAAUUACUCUAGAAGCUGAAGGGAUAUGAAAUCCUGGGCCUUGUUUAUCAGACUAUAUUAAACCAAACUGUGGGACACAACACACAAUCAUGACCACUUUCCCCAGGGGGUCACGUUUCCCCCAAACAUCUGGAAAAGCUCUAUAUAACAAUACAUUUAUGUAUUAGAGUGAAUUAAUUCAGUAUUUAUAAUUACUGGAUCAGAUAGUAAAGGUUGUCAAAUGGAGCAGCCAUUUACCAUGUAACUCGAUACCUGCAUCUUUAAAGGUGGAGAGAGACUACUGUAGUGAUCAUCGUAAUGCAGAGCCAUGUUUCUUUUUUUGUUGAAUUUUUACCCCUUUUUCUCCCCAAUUCUUUGUGGUAUUCAAUUGCUUUAGUAGCUACUAUCUUGUCUCAUCGCUACAACUCCCGUAAUGCCUCGAGAGGGACGAAGGUUGAAAGUCAUGCGUCCUCCGAUACACAAGCUGUACUGCUUCUUAACACAGCGCGCAUCCAACCCCCAGAAGCCAGCCGCACCAAUGUGUCGGAGGAAACACCGUGCACCUGGCAACCUUGGAUAGCGUGCACUGCACCCGGCCCGCCGCAGGAGUCGCUGGUGCGCGAUGAGACAAGGAUAUCCCUACUGGCCAAGCCCUCCCUAACCCGGACGACGCUAGGCCAAUUGUGCGUUGCCCCAGGAACCUCCCGGUCGCAGCCGGUUACGACAGAGCCUGGGCGCGAAUCCAGGGUCUCUGCUGGCGCUGCAGUACAGCGCACUCAACCACUGCGCCACCCGGGAGGCGAGCCAUGUUUCUUAUUUAUAUUAACAUUAACCCAUAAUGGUAUCCCAAUGCGUCGGUAGCAAAAUAUCUAUUUGGAACAGGUGUAAUGACACCUCAUAACACACCUCAAAGUAUUCUGUCUUUCCUGCGCAAUACGUCCUCUCAGGAACCAACACAACACAACCACUCAUUUGCAUGGGAUCACCUGUAGGUACAUUGUAGGAUCUGAGUAUGAUUGAUAAAUGAGGCCCAAUGGACCACAGUGUAAAGAAUCUAGUCAAUGACAAUACCGUAUAUCUGGGAACACAGACUACAGACAGUUAAGGCAAAGACUGUUGGAAGCACCCGGUUUCAUUCAUGUUUCUUUGUGGUGUGUAUUUUCUCUUUUCGAUCUUCUUUUUGCAUGGGCAUUUUUACCAACCAAAAUGGUUCCCUUCUCUGGAUGUAUUUUGCAACAUUAUGACGCUGUUGUACAGGAGACUAGUCUAGCAUUGCUAGGAGGCAGGCUUUUUACUUUCUUAUUGUCAUUGGGGUUGAUAUAUACAGUAUGUUAUUAUUGUUGGUAUUGAUAUUUACUGUGAUAGCCUGUCUUUGUAGAUUGUAUUGUAUUUGACGAGCUUGUAUAUUUCUGUCAGGCAACAACAACAAAAAAACGACACUAACGAUCACGAGAAUGUGCAAACAAUGUACCUAUGAGCCAGUGAAGUAUCCAUUGGCAAUUUUUUUUAUUUGACAUCACAAAUCUUCUGUGUGUUUCUUCGAGUGAUAAAUUGUAACAUUUUAUUCUGUUGAGCUUGCAUAUGUAUCUGCAACAACAUUCAUAUGAAUAAACAUGAGCUUUGUUCUACAA